CCCACACUGCCAAAGUUGUCCAAACUGGACAAAGCAGAUCCCAGAUUCUGCGGGUAGCUACCAGUAGACUAGCUAGCUCGUUAUCGAUAGAGAAACAAAGACUGCCUUGAUCGUUGCACAACCAAACACUGCGGCCAUGUUUCCUUCCGUGGUUCUUUUGUGGUUGCUGCUGGCAAGGUUCAGCAGAGCAUCGGAUGCCAACUACACUACUACUAGCAUGAUCAAUGCUACUGUCAUUGACUUGGUGGUGUCCACUGCCUACACGGAGAUUGACAACCUUGAUCUUACCACCAGCCGAAGUACCUGUGAGGAAUGUCAGAAUCGAACCGGUUUCCCGUCUCGCUACGACAACACGACCACGUGCACCUUUCGACGGGGCCUGCUGCCCGUGGAUGCCUGUUUUCGAGGACUGGAAGGGUCCUUCUCCACGCACUACUUUGUAGAGAACCAGACCAGCUUAGAUAUCUUUUAUGCCGACAAGGACUGUCAAAUUAUGGAAACCGACUAUGCCACCAACGAGUACAACGUUGGCGAAUGCUCCGGCGUCAAUAAUUUCGACCGUGAUGUACUCCCCGGGCAUUGUAUCUUGUCGGAACAACCAGAGGAUGACUAUCUGUAUCCAUUGGUGUUUGCGAUGAUAUAUCAAACACAAGAGGAUUGCACAUUGGAUCAAGGCAGUGUCAACCCGCAGUGGUUUUCCUUGGAAGACAAUUAUUGCUUUGAAACCAUGAGGUGGAGCGGGAGAGUCGGUGAUGAUGGAAAUGACGAUCCUACCGCUAUUCAUGGAGGUUACAUGGCUUUUUGUGAUGCCAACAGCAGUACUUUGACGAUUGAAAACUUCUCGGACGCAUCGUGCAGUAGUCAAGCUGGAAUUGACCCGAAUUGGACAAGUCCAACCACAGGAGAGAAUAGCUGCAGCAGCGAGGGCGUGGAGGGGAUCAAUCCAUGGCGACCAUGGUUUCGGGCUCCUGACUGCUUGGCUCCAUCCGUCUUCUGUAAGAGCCUCGUCAACCUCCUACCUUCCUGAGGUUUUGGCUGGUAGCUAGUAUAGUUAAGAAAACCGAUUCGUCUUUACAGCAGCAUUUCCAAUGAGGUAGGUAAUGGUUGGGAAGCACUUGGUAGGAGAAUCCAGGUACCGGUAUCAACUGCCGUACAGAACAGUCUCGCUGUCAAGGCCAUGCUUUCCAGUGCUAGUUGCACAGAAGCAAGACAAUGCUGGGAUGUUCGAUCUACUAGCUAGGACAGAGGCGUCAUCAGGGGUUGCCAUGGCCUACCGUACGG